UUUUAAUUAUUCUAUCUUUUAGAAAAAAGUAGUUAUUUACAGCUAUUAAUUAUUAUGUCUCUUCUUUUCGUAUGUUUUGUCAUUGUUGUUGUUGUUAAUUUUAUAUCUUUUUUGGGUAUAGAUGUGAUUUCAUCUUUGAUAUUUACUAUAUAUUCCAACUUUUCCCCAUAUGAAUUAUCGUCUAUUAUUAGAAGAUAUAGAUUACUUCAACGCUCUGCGCUUCAAACAAAAAAAGAGCUUUCUAAUACAAGUAGCGUAGACGAAUUUGCUAAAUGGGCAAAAUUAAAAAGAAAAUAUGAUAAAGAAAUUUCAGAAUUAGAAAAAUCAACAGCAGAAAUGAAUAAUCAGAAAUACUAUUUUAAUAUCAGAAUGCGUAUAAUAAUUUGGUUAUGUACAAACGGCCUGCAAUAUAUUAUUCAGUGGUAUUAUCGUAAAAUACCAGUAUUUUGGCUGGCAAAAGGCUGGUUUCCACAUUAUAUUGAAUGGAUUUUAUGUUUUCCAAUGGCUCCUAUUGGAUCUGUUAGUGUAAGUAUAUGGUUUUUUGUCGCCAAUCAUGUUGUUUCAGAAACAUUUUGUAUUAUAAAAAAUUGUUUUUUUGAAAACCAAGUAAAGCGUAAUAUAAACUCUAAAAUUCAUUCAAGUAUAAUGUCAGAAAAAAAGGAAUAAUAGGAAAGAUACUAAAAAUGACGGUAUUUUAUAUGGUUUAAAGCAAUUUUAUAUAAAAAUAUAAGUUUUAUCAGAUUUUAAUAUUUUUUUAUGUAAGUAUUAUUUAUUUUUAUUAUAUUGAUAAUUAAUCCCCAACUUUUUUAAUAAUUUCAUUUUCUUCUUAAGACGCUUGUUAUUUCUUUUCUGCAAUCUUAUCCAUUGCUCUUUAGUUUUUGCUUCUUCAAGACGUUUUAUGGUUAUCCUAGACCAUGGUAUUGGUUUAAAUCGUCUAUUUGCGCCAAUAAAUAUAGAUUUAUGAAGCUUCUCUUUAGAAACAACAGAACAUUUUAAAAUAUGUCCAAAAAGUAAAUAAUUAUUCAUUGUUUUUGCAACAAUUCUAGCUACAUCAGAAGAUUCAAAUUCUAUGAAUGCAUAAUGCUUUGAUUUCCCUGUCUAUUAAAAUUAGAAAUAUGUUUCAGGAGUAAAUAUCAUACUUUUCUAUUACGAGAUAGCUUAAUACGAGUUACUGCGCCAAAUUGCUCAAAAUAGUUCUUCAUUUCUAGUUCAUAGAAUCCAUGUGGAAUCCUUCCCAAAUAUAUUACUUUAGAUAGCUCCUAAG